GUGUCUCAAUAUGCUCGGGAGAUCUUUGCAGCGCAAGACACCCGACGAUCUGUUACUGGUCUUACACUCUGCGGCAUGCGGCUCUGGGCAUUCGACCGGCUCGGAGCAAUCGCCUCGAAAACAUUCGACAUACAUGAGAAUGCGCUGAUGUUCAUAUCCGCAGUCUUGGGAUAUCUGUGUGCGGCUGCAAAGGACCUCGGAUUUAAUCCCACUACAUGCGGAGAAAUGGGCAGCAGAUACAUCGAAAUCACGCGGAAUGCACUACCAGAGCGAUACCAUCUCGAUGGUGUUAUAAAGCGACGGCGGUGUGCGGCAGGUCGAGCGACGCCCUGUUGGGAAGUCCACGGGGAUAAAUCGGGCCAGUCUUUAGUUGUCAAAGACUCUUGGGAGCAUAAAGAGCGGCCGGAGGAGGGGCCUCUGCUCAAGAAGGUGACUGAUGCGGGCGUGAGGAACGUGGCAGAGUAUUACUAUCACGAAACGAUUCUGAUGUCGAGGGACAGUUUUCUAGUGUCACGGCAGGCGCGGCGCUGCCUCAACGAAGCUCUUGCUAUUCCUCAUCCAGCAUCAUUCCUCAUUUCCGUAUGCUACAGAGUAGUAAUAUUCUACAUUCUAACUUUUCUAUACGGCUUCUAA